ACAAAACAGCUCGGAAACUGAAAGCGUCGCUGAAGUGCGGAAGCCUCGGAUUUCCUGAGUCCUCUUCCUCCUUCCUUUGCGGCCCCCUGCCCUCCGUCCUCCCCGUUCCUCUGUGGCUCAGACAGGACGGACCCCAGUUCCCAGCUUUCCUGGCCUCCGCGGGUUCGGAGACUGGGACCCCUGGGCCGGGAGUGCGGGGGGGCGCGGUCGGCCAGUCCCGGCUUCCUUCAGGCCGCGGCGGAGCUCCUCCUCCUCUGCACCGCAGUUUUCACACCCUCAGCAUCGCGUCCACGAGGGCGCCCAUCCCGUCUCAGCGCGGUAGCCUCCAGGAGCCGGGCUGAGGGAGGCGCGAAAGGGAGGAAUCCCGACGCCAGCCGCUAAGCCUCCAGGCGGAGCCCGCCCCUCCGGCCUGUUCCUGCCUCCCAUUGGCCCCCGCGCCGGUCCGUCUCCGCCGUGGGCCGCGCCCGCCCGGCCCCAGUCCAUCCCGGCUCCUCGCGCCCUACCCUCACCCGGCCGCCCUCCAGGCUGCCUCCGCUUGUGGGGCGGCCCGUGCGAGCCUGAGCUGGCGCCGGCUCCGGAAGGCUCGCAGAAGGGGAGGGCCGGGCGGCGCGGGAGCUGAGCAUCGCCAGGGCGGGCUGUAGGGCGCGGCCUCUCCGCCAGCAGCACCACCUGUCGCGGCGCGAGACCUCUGGUAAGGCCCGGAGCGGCGGGGCCCGGGCGCGGGUCCGGGAGGGGAGCUGGCGCCGGCCUUCCCCGGCCCGGCUUCCUGCCUCCGCGCGUGCGGCCCGCGCCGGUCCUGGCCUGGCAGUGGGGGCUCGGGGAGGGAAGGAGGCCCGCGGAGUCCGCGCUGAGGGCGAGGGACCGGCUGCGUCGCGGCGACUCGGGGUUCCAGCGGCCGCGGCGCGAUUUCCCGGUUCCUCCGCCCGCCGGUGCCGGAGCGCCCCCCUUCCGCCCGGGAGCGAGGCCCUGGGCUUCCCAAACGCCGACAUCUUUCUCGCUGCUUCUGCCCCCCCGCACAGUAGGACUUUCGUGGCCAGAACCCCCUGGUGAAAGAAAAGAUGUUGUCCCGGUUAAGAGCAGUUUCCACCACUUGUACUGUGGCAUGUCGACAUUUGCACAUAAAAGAAAAAGGCAAGCCGCUUAUGCUGAAUCCAAGAACAAACAAGGGAAUGGCAUUUACUUUACAAGAACGACAAAUGCUUGGUCUUCAAGGACUUCUACCUCCCAAAAUAGAGACACAAGAUAUUCAAGCCUUACGAUUCCACAGAAACUUGAAAAAAAUGACUAGCCCUUUGGAAAAAUAUAUCUACAUAAUGGGAAUACAAGAAAGAAAUGAGAAAUUGUUUUAUAGAAUACUGCAAGAUGACAUUGAGAGUUUAAUGCCAAUUGUAUAUACACCAACAGUUGGUCUUGCUUGCUCCCAGUAUGGACACAUCUUUAGAAGACCUAAGGGAUUAUUUAUUUCGAUCUCAGACAGAGGUCAUGUUAGAUCAAUUGUGGAUAACUGGCCAGAAAAUCAUGUUAAGGCUGUUGUAGUGACUGAUGGAGAGAGAAUUCUGGGUCUUGGAGAUCUGGGUGUCUAUGGAAUGGGAAUUCCAGUAGGAAAACUUUGCUUGUAUACAGCUUGUGCAGGAAUACGGCCUGAUAGAUGCCUGCCAGUGUGUAUUGAUGUGGGAACGGAUAAUAUCGCACUCUUAAAAGACCCAUUUUACAUGGGCUUGUACCAGAAAAGAGAUCGCACACAACAGUAUGAUGACCUGAUUGAUGAGUUUAUGAAAGCUAUUACUGACAGAUACGGCCGGAACACACUCAUUCAGUUUGAAGACUUUGGAAAUCAUAAUGCAUUCAGGUUCUUGAGAAAAUACCGAGAAAAGUAUUGUACUUUCAAUGAUGAUAUUCAAGGGACAGCUGCAGUAGCUCUAGCAGGCCUUCUUGCAGCACAAAAAGUUAUCAGUAAACCAAUCUCCGAACAUAAAAUCUUAUUCCUUGGAGCAGGAGAGGCUGCUCUUGGAAUUGCAAAUCUUAUAGUUAUGUCUAUGGUAGAAAAUGGCCUGUCAGAAGAAGAGGCACAAAAGAAAAUCUGGAUGUUUGACAAGUAUGGUUUAUUAGUUAAGGGACGGAAAGCAAAAAUAGAUACUUAUCAGGAGCCAUUUACUCACCCAAGCCCAGAGAACAUACCUGAGACUUUUGAAGAUGCAGUUAAUAUACUGAAGCCUUCAACUAUAAUCGGAGUUGCAGGAGCUGGCCGUCUUUUUACUCCUGAUGUAAUCAGAGCUAUGGCCUCUAUCAAUGAAAGGCCUGUAAUAUUUGCAUUAAGUAAUCCUACAGCACAGGCAGAGUGCACGGCUGAAGAAGCAUAUACACUUACAGAGGGCAGGUGUUUGUUUGCCAGUGGCAGUCCAUUUGGGCCAGUGAAACUCACAGAUGGACGAGUCUUUACACCAGGUCAAGGAAACAAUGUAUACAUUUUUCCAGGUGUGGCUUUAGCUGUUAUUCUCUGUAACACUCGGCAUAUUAGUGACAGUGUUUUCCUAGAAGCUGCAAAGGCACUAACAAGCCAAUUGACAGAUGAAGAGCUAGCCCAAGGGAGACUUUACCCACCACUUUCUAAUAUUCAGGAAGUUUCUAUUAACAUUGCUAUUAAAGUCACAGAAUACCUGUAUGCUAAUAAAAUGGCUUUCCGAUAUCCAGAACCUGAAGACAAGGCCAAAUAUGUUAAAGAAAGAAUAUGGCGGAGUGAAUAUGAUUCCCUGCUGCCAGAUGUGUAUGAAUGGCCAGAAUCUGCAUCAAGCCCUCCUGUGAUAACAGAAUAGAAGCACUCCCCUGAUAAAUACUUUCUGUGCGCCAGGGAACCCCUUUUUUCAGAUGAGAAGAGAUAAUGCCCUCAGUUUUAUGAUGUUUUCCGUGUUUUGUUCUCCCUGACCACUUUGGUUGAUGUAUUUUUUCCAUGCAUCUUCACAUCUGUUGGAGUAGACGUGUUGAUGGAUUGCAUUGCCCUCCAGCACCCUACAAUCAGAUAAUUGUGAUGCUUUCUAAUUCUAACAUACAGCUCAUGCCACAUCCAGGAGAUGUAAAAAGGGUGUUUGUGAAUGUCUUCAUUUAUACUCUAAUUCAGACUUGCCAAAGUAUUUGCUAUUUACUAUUAUGGGUAAUAAUCUUCUCUCACCUAGUUCUUUUAGAGCUACUAAAAUAGAAAUCUAUGGAUAGAAGGACAGAAUUUCGAGAAGAAACUAAAUUUUAACUAAAUUCCAAGGAAAAAUUGUCAGUAUCUAAAAAUGUUCUUCUAUAUCUGCUUCAUCUUACCUUCAUACUCUGAAAUUCCCUUAUAGCAGACUAAGCUAGGGAAAUAUUAAAAUUUUACCCUAUUUAUUUUCUGGAACUACAUCAAGGCUUAACUAUAACAUUAUGAGAGUAAUGGGUACUACUGCUGGGUUUAAAUAAAUAAAAGUCAUUGUUUCAACAGUGUAUAAAAAUCAUAGUGUAACCUUUUUAUUUAAUAAAUUUCUUCAAUUUAA